UGGCCGCCUGGCCCCGCGCGCUCUUCCAACUUUUUCUCCGCGGAGCUGUCGGUGCCGGCUGGGCGGGCGGCUGUUCCGAGGCGGCCGCUCUGCGCCGCGGCGUUUCCUCCAAGGCUGCCCACCGAAAGGACCUGCCGGAGAGGGUCGAGGGCAUAGGGUCAAGGUAAAGGGUUAGCUCCUUCGGAGCAGACAGCUGCCCUCACUGGCCCAGAGGAGGAUCGCUCAGUAAAUGCUUGCGGGACGAAUAAGUGACUAGAUAAGAUAAGGCAGCUCCAGCCCCUGGAAGGCCAGAGACUAGCCAGCGGGCCACUAGGGGGUCCGCCGCAACCAGGUGGCGGCCGGCAGAAGGCGCUGCCGGGACAUGGCGGAGGAGCCGCCGGGGACCUGGUUCGGCUUCGGUUUCUGCGGCUUUGGGCAGGUGCCGGGCUCCGGACGCGGGUGCCAGGUGCACAACCCCGAGCCGCUGCAGGCAGGCGUCGACAUCGGCCACGUGACCGCAGGCUGGAGCUACACCGCCUUCGUGACCCGUGGAGGCCGCCUGGAGCUCUCUGGCUCAGCCAGCGGCGCAGCGGGAGGCUGCAGGGACGCGUGGGCCUCAGAGGGUCUCCUCGUGGUGCUGCACGCCCGGCCCGGGUUGGGGGCGUUACUGCAGGCCUGGGCGCCCGGCUCGGCCCUGCGUGGGGAGCCCUUGUGGACCCAGAAUGUGGUGCUGGAGGCCCAAGGGGAAGACGAUCCCGGCGGUGAGGCCCAGGCUGGGAGGCUGCCCCUGCUGCCCUGCGCCCGUGCCUAUGUGAGCCCCCGGCCGCCCUUCUACCGGCCUCUGGCUCCGGAGCUGCGGGUGCGCCAGCUGAAGCUGGGCGCCGAGCACGCAUUGCUGCUGGACACUGCGGGCCAGGUGUUCUCCUGGGGCGGGGGCAGGCAUGGACAGCUGGGCCAUGGGACCCUGGAGGCAGAGCUGGAGCCAAGGCCCUUGGAGGCGUUGCAGGGCCUAGCCAUGGCUGAGGUGGCCGCGGGGGGCUGGCAUUCUGUGUGUGUGAGUGAGACUGGGGAUAUCUAUAUCUGGGGCUGGAAUGAAUCAGGGCAGCUGGCCCUGCCCACCAGGAGCCUGGCAGAGGAUGGGGAGACAGCUGCAAAGGAAGGUACGGGACUGAAUGCAGAUGGCUCCCAGGCGAAGAGAAUGGCCCGGGCUGAGGAUGGAGCCCCUGCCCCCUUCAUAGCUGUCCAGCCCUUCCCAGCUCUACUGGAUCUCCCCCUGGGCUCAGAUGCAAUCAAGGCCAGCUGUGGAUCCAGGCACACGGCUGUGGUGACACGAACAGGGGACCUGUACACCUGGGGCUGGGGUAAAUAUGGACAGCUGGGCCACGGGGACACCAGCAGCUGGGAUCGGCCCCGCCGAGUGGAAUACUUCGUAGAUAAGCAACUCCAAGUAAAGGCCAUCACCUGUGGGCCCUGGAACACCUACGUGUAUGCUGUGGAGAAAGGAAAGAGCUGACUUGCAGACCAACGAAAAAGUGACUGGGGGAAAAAAAUGAAACA